ACGCCGCCCAAGACCGCGAAGGAUAAAAGCGCGCGCAUUUGCUGUUCAGAUGAUAUACAUCACGGAUUGGCUGACUACUCUCCCGUUCUACUAGGGGAAACGCAUGAAGCAAAUUCUGAAUAAAUAUACAACCAAACUUACGAGAUAUUUUGGCUACGAUGCGCAGCAGAUUAAUGAUAUAGGUAGAGAGACACAGAGGACGGUCCAGUAGAGUCUGCAAGUGGGAACUAUAUUGGAGUGAUGGUGAUGACGUAGAAGUAAGUGGCGUGUUGGCAUUUGCCGGGACUCGUCUUUUCCUUCCACCAUCAUGGCGGUUACAGCGGCGCGACCAAGGCAACCUGGCGAUGUCAAGAUCAAAUUUCACGGACACUGCGAUGCUAUUCUUACCCUUCGGCGCGUCGAUACGAGGAGAUAUCUUUUUGUGAAGGACGUGAAGCACAGUAGGAUUUGGAACGGGAUUGAGCAUCUUUACAAAUACCUAGUCCUUUGCAUAACUUGGUAUUGCUAUUGGUCUAACAAGAACGUUGCAGACCAUCGAUUCCUGUGGGCUGCCAUCGUUACUCAAUCUACCUAUGAAUACCCCUGUUGUAACGGAAAGCAGCUGGGCAUAUUCCGUUCGGGGGGCGCCGAAGGCUUUAUGAUGACUGAGACAGAGCACUAUCUCUUAAAGGGACACCUCGCUCCACCGCGCUCUCAGCUCCCAAUGCUGGUGAAUAUGGCUCGCUAUGGAACCCGUCUGAUCUAUAUAGCGUCGGGUGAUCCCAGGCUUUAUCACAACUUUAUGAUCAUACGUCAUGAUGCUAAGUCAGGUUUGAACCGGCCUGAAGAAAAGCGUAUCCGGGAUUUACCAGACGUCUCCUCGACGAUUCUACCUUCGCACUUGUCUACGUACGUUGUCGUCACGUCACAUUUCCACGUCAAGAUGUCGGUGAGGAUAGAGCACUGGCAGGAUCGUGCUAUGGACCACGACGGACCUGACCGCCCAGGUUUCUGCUGGUCGACGCUGCCGAAGAGCGAGGAGAGUGUGCACAUACGAAAUGUGUAUGGACCUGUGCUGGGAUCGGAUUGCCGUAAUGAAUGA